AUGGACGCCGACUACCACCAUGUGGUCGACAACUGUGAAGAAGCAUGGACAGCGUGGUCGCGGUUGAAGAUGCUCUAUGGUGGGUCGCAGAAGGCGGGACGCAUCUACCUCAAGCGCCAGCUGUUCAGCAUCAAGAUGGCGGAAGGUGCCAACGUCUUGCACCAUUGCAACGAAGUCUUGAACAUCGGCGCCAAGCUCAGCAGCAUCGGUGCCAAGAUGGAAGACGAAGACAUUGCGAUCUGCUUGCUGCUCAGUCUCCCGAAGAGUUUCGAGAACGUGGUUCUGAACUUGGAGAUGAGCAAUGCAGAGCUGCGCACGCAAGAUGUGGUCAAGGUGCUGACUAACGAGCACAUCAAGCGACAAGGCGAGAAGAUGACAACGGCAACGACAACGGUGAAGACUGAAGAUGCGACAAAGGCAUUCAGUACCGAGCGCAAGCCCUACCAAUGCACAUACUGCGGCAAGGUGGGGCACACGGCAGAGCGUUGCUGGACGAAGCAAAAGGAUGAAAGUCGAGGAGCCCAACGCGGCGGCAAUGGUCGUGGACGCGGGGCAAACAAUGUCCAGUGGCGACAUUAUGAUGAAGGCAACAGCUACGAUCGAGUGGCGUUUGCAGUUUCGUUCGAAUGCGGAGUUUCGACGAACAAGAAUGGACCAGGAAUGUGGGCCGUUGACAGCGGGGCAACACAUCACAUCUGCCACGACAAGUUCAAGUUUGCAAGCUUGGUCGAAGGCAAUGAUGACGAGAUCCUGGUGGCUGAUGGCAACAAGGCGGCCAUCAAAGGUGUGGGGGGACCAUCGUGGAAAAGGUGA